GCCCACACGCCAAAUCGCGCGAGCUAUGCCCUUGCUUCACCGUUGGUGUGCCUGGCCGCUGCCCUGGCACUCCGCUGCGCUCGCCCGCUGCCAUCCACGGGAACGUGCAGCAAAGGCGAAAUAGUAUGGAGAAGACAUGAGGUUUGAAGAGGUGGUGAAGUCGAAGUAGCAUCGAUAAUUUUGAUAAGGUAUCAGGUUGGAAGUGGCAGGGAUGUGGAAAUAGCGUGGAGAAGAGGUUGUGGCUGUAUCGGGGAUCCAGCAGGGAGAAAUCAGCAGGCGCCACGGCAUCACGUGUUUUGGAGGGAGCGACCAAGAGGUUGUUGUCAAAGGAGAAAUGGCACAGACUGGGUCCUCAUUUCCGGAGCAGCUUUUCUUUCUGCGGGACCGUGAUGGACUGUCGUUACACGUGGGCCCCCCGAACGAUGUGGCUCCUCACAAGUCCUCGUCAGGAAAAAUCCCAUGCCUUUCUGCUCAAUUCAGCCGCGAUGGAAGCAUGCUUGCAGCUGUGUCGGCAAGUGGUGUGCUACUGGUUGAAACAAACUCAGGCAGGGAGAUCCAGAAGCUUGACGUUCCGGGUGUGCUUGCUGUGUCUAUCUCUCCCAAGGGAACUUAUUUGCAGACCUAUCAUCGGGCAUCUGCUGCAAAGGGGGGAGAGCCGCAAGAGAAGAACCUAAAUUUAUGGGACAUUUCCACUGGUGCCCCUGUGUUCCAACUAUUCCAGAAGGUCUUUCAAAAGUCAAGCUGGCCCUCUGUGCAGUUUAGUGAGGACGAGGCAGUAGCAUGCCGGCUGGUCACGAAUGAGGUACAUUUCUAUGACGGAAAAGCUUUCUCACGAGGCAUCGUGGAUAAAUUGCGACUGCAAGGAAUCGCUUCUACUCGCCUGUCAUUCUCACCCGGGUCUCAUAUUGCAGCAUAUGUGCCAGAGGCAAAGGGUGCUCCUGCAAGUGUGAGAGUGUUUCAGACCUCUGCUGUGGGGCAGGGCCAACCGGUGGCAAGGCGCAGCUUUUUCCGGUCCUCAACUGUGCAGUUCCAUUGGAACAAAGGAUCCUCGGGGGUCCUAAUUGUUGCACAGUCUGAUGUAGAUAAAACUAAUAAGAGUUAUUAUGGAGAGAGCUCCCUCCAUUUUCUGGCUAGCGAUGGAAGCUAUGAUGGAGCUGUUCCACUGAGCAAGGAGGGCCCCAUACACGACGUGCAGUGGGCACCAUCGGGAAACGCGUUCGUUGUCGUCCACGGGUUCAUGCCCGCGAAGGCCAUACUUUUUGAUUCCAAGUGCAAGCCGUUGUUUGACUUCGGCUCUGCCAGUCGAAAUUUUGCUCGAUGGAGUCCGAAGGGUCGAUUUCUGUUGCUGGCCGGCUUCGGAAACCUUCCCGGCGACUUGGAAUUUUGGGACGCUAAGGCGCUCGAUCGCCUGUGUUCUACAAGGGCAGAGUGCACCGUCUCAUGCGAAUGGUCUCCCAACGGAAGAUACGUGAUGACUGCGACAACAGCUCCGAGACUGAACGUGGAUAACGGAAUCAAAAUGUUCAAGUAUGACGGGACCCUGGUUUACGAAAAGAAAUUUGAGCUCCUGUACCAGGCUGAAUGGAGGCCGGUGCCCGACGAGGUCUACCCCGAUUUGCCGGCGUCCCCAAGGUCAUCGAAGAAGAUGGAUGCUGCAGCCGCUGCCUCCUCUGUGGCGGAUCAGUAUGCGGGUAGAGGAACCUCUGCCUCCAAGCCUGUGGCAGCGCAAGCAGCAGGGCAAAAGCCAGCGGCUUAUCGCCCGCCGCACUUGGCUGGCAGGUCUUCCGCGGCAUUCAAUGUGCUGAUGUCAGGAUCAGACGAUAAACCACACAGGAUCGGUGCUCUUGGCCAGGCUGUAACUCCUCCAGGGGCUCAUGAAAUGAGCAAGUCAGCUCUGAAGAACAAGAAACGCCGCGAGAAGGAAAAGCAGAAAGCCAGUGAACGAGCAUCUGGAGUGGGAACAGCUGCUGCUGGUGACAUGCCUCCGGCCAAGGCUGCCAGCGAUUCUACCGCUGUGAAUGCCAUGGCCGAUGAGUUCUCUGCGAUGUCGACAUCACCAGCGGUGCCGGAUGCAUCUGCGCCUGACUCUAGCGGUGAAGAUGUUCAGAAGCGGAUCCGGGCAAUCCAGAAGAAACUCAGGCAGAUUGAGGAACUCAAGAACAAGGCGGCGGAGGCCGGGGGUCUCGCAUCACUCGCCGAGGCGCAGAGGGUAAAGGUGGCGUCUGAGGGUUCAUUGAUCAAAGAAAUUGAGAAUCUGCAGGCACAACUGCGGUAGACUUAGGCGGAAAUGGCAUUUGACAUCUUUUGGUCUUUCUUUUUCAUUUCAUUUUUAACCAGCUGAAGGCUCACAUAAAUUUUGCCGACGUCUGCCUCUGUGAGAGAAAGAGCUCUGUAUGUGGAUAGGUCUGGUAGGUGUGGAUAUAUCUGGUAGGUGUGGAUAGAUCUGGUAAUCUGGACCUGCGUGCGAAAUAGGGUCCUCAUUCUCACUUUUUCAUUUUAUUUUAUUUUAUUUUCUGAAAAUUUUACCGCGUUCAGCUGCCUGCCCACAUUCACACAGACUUUUCGAAUUUCCUUUGUCUGAAGAUUUUGCCGCGCUCAUGCAUGCAUUUUUUGUCGGAUGAGUUCCUUUCCUGUGUCCUAGCUGGUGCCGAUAAAGACAAGGAAUACCU